GUUUAUGUUGCACUUUAUCUCCUGGCAUUCCUCCGCACUCCCACACUGCUUGUUCUGGUCUCUGGUUCCACAGAACAUCACAUUCUUUAUGCUGUACCUCCCCCUUCUAUGUGGACAUCUCAGAGAUUCCUGAAAGUUUUAUUUUCUAUCAUUCUGACAUUCUGAACAAGAUAAAGAUGCUUUCUGAUCGUAAACGGGAGCUUGAGGAGCAGCUGAGCACCAUAAUGGAAGAAAAUGAUCAGCUUCAGGGAAUUGUAGAGGAGUUGCAUGACCGGGAGUUAACCCUAAACCAAGAGAGCUGUGCCAAGGAACUUCAGUUGGGGGAAAGCCAGAUGGAACUGGAAGAGCUGAGACUUUCUUAUCGGCAGCUGCAGCUAAAGAUGGAAGAGCUCAGGGAGGAAAAGAGUCUCCAACAUCUAAACAGCACAAGUACCUCACUGCUGUCAGAAAUUGAGCAAAGUAUAGAGGCCGAGGAGCAGGAACAGGAGCGGGAACAGUUAAGGUUGCAGCUCUGGGAAGCACACUGCCAAGUCCGAUCUCUUUGCUGCCAGCUCAGAGGUAAUGAAAGUGCAGAUUCUGCUGUGUCCACAGACUCCUCAAUGGAUGAAUCUUCUGAAACCUCAUCUGCCAAAGACAUGCCAGCUGGGAGCCUCCGCACUGCCCUGAGUGAACUGAAGAGCCUUAUACUUAGCAUACUGGACACUUGCGAAGCAGCGAGUGCACGAAAAUGUGAGGAUGAUGGCUUGGAAGACCAAAUCAAACAGACGAGUGAAGACUCCAAACAACUGAGAGAACUCUUACAGGGAGAGCAAGUAAGAAUGAAGCAAACUUUUGAGGAGCUUCAGCAACUUCAUAAACAGGUAACUUUGCUGAGUGUUGAAAUGACUGCACUGAAAGAGGAACGGGAUCACCUCUUGGAACUGACCCAAGAUAAUGAUGUGCACGAACAGCUACUGAAGGCUAUAAAGGACCGAGAUGAGGCUAUUGCCAAAAAGAAUGCUGUGGAAAUGGAAUUGGCAAAGUGUAGAAUUGACUUAAUGUCGCUGAACACUCAACUACUAGAUGCUAUUCAACAAAAGGUCAACUUGUCUCAGCAGUUGGAGGCCUGGCAGGAUGACAUGCACAGAGUCAUUGACCAGCAAUUGAUGGACAAACACCAGAAGGAAUGGAGCCAGUCUGUAUAUUCCUUCUCCAGUGGCCACCACACACCGCACUGUGGCAAGGUUAGCACUCUGGAUCGCACAGAGCGGCCAGGAGAAGAGCCCAUUGGUUCUGAAGGGAGACGCCUCUUUUCAUUUCUAAAGAAAACAAAAUGUUAACCAACUGUUUCACAGUUGACAUUUUUGAAUCAUGAUGGACUUAUGUUUAGGGAACAUUAUUCAGAGCGGAUAUAAAACGUAUCACCAUUGAUGGCCCACAAAGCCUUCUCUAGGUGAGCAAAUUCUUAGUAAAAUCUUAAAGCCGGGCAAAAGGAGGCACCUUGGCAUGUAACGACCACUAAAAGUAUUUGUUAGCCCAUGGGCUGAGCUGCAUUCACACUUUACUUUCCUUUUGGAUGUGUUUUCUAUUUUGUAGGACACUUUGUUCACUGGAUUUUAUCCAUAGAGAACACCUUGCACUUUUAGAGCCAUCUGUUUGUAUUCACUCCACACUUUCCUUGAUAAAUGAAUUUAGCAGGUACAACUGUUGUAUACAGGUCCUGAGCUGCUGUCAUUCCAAGGAAUAGACUCCCUACCUCUGGUCUUCCAGACAGAGCACAGCACAGAGGAAUCUUGCAGCUCAACUAUUGAGAAAUGCUCUAUGUACAUAGAAGAAGCAGAGUUUUUUUAUAUUGCAUACAGUUCUUUUAUAACGUAAACAGAUAUAAAAAUGAUGUCAUAUUUUAGUACAAAAUUAUGCUUUUUAUUGUAAAUUCUGAAAUAAAAUAUUUCUAUGAUUU